UAUUCAUCCAAGAUGGCGACUCGGUUUGGAAAUAAUCGCUUAUUUUUCAAAACUCCUAGAGCACUUCUUAAUACCCUUAGACCUACCCGCUCAGUGCCUUUAUACUCUCAAGAGCGAUUUUAUUCAGCUUUGAGUUUGAAUGCGAGUUAUAGAUAUUGUACAAGAGUAUUCAUUGGACACCAAAGAUGCGCUACUACUGCUGCCAUACAGAGAUAUUCAACUACCGGGUCAACUAAUUCUGGAACAGAUAAACCCAUUGAUUAUAAAAGUAUAUCCAACCUUGUUAAAGAUAGGUUACAGGGUAAAGGCCAUGCGGAAGGAGUGUUUGAAACUCAAAUGGAUGUUUUAGACAAGUUAGUUCAGUACAAAUUUGGUGACGCAAGCAUAGAUGCUGUCAGACAUCCUGUUGCAAAUUUAUCACAUCAACAAGUUUAUGAGUUAGCUGCCACUGUUUUUAGUCUUACUGAUACAGUAGGAGAGGCUGCUUUGGAAAUGGCUGUUCCUUUGUUUUGGUUGGGUACAUUAGCUGGCAGCACAGAUGCUAAAUACUCUUAUGCCAAACUAUUACAGAUUGGUCAAGGAAUUGAUGCAGAUCCUAUUGAGGCAGGGAAGAUGUUCAAAGAACUAAGUGAGAUGGGCCACCCAUAUGCACAAUUUAGCCUUGCACAAAUGUACUACAGUGGUGCUGKACUGGAACAAGAUUUCAAACUUGCAUUAAGUUUAUUUGAGGUGAGUGCAAAAAAUGGCAUCCUUCCUGCAUACAUGUUUCUUGGUAACAUGUAUAAAUCUGGUCAAGGAGUCGAUGAAGACCAGUCAAAAGCUGUUGAAGUUUACCAAGAAGGCGAAAGUAAAGGUGAUGUAUUGUGUAUGAUGGCACUUGCAUAUGCCUACAGUCAUGGACAAGGUGUUGAUGUGGAUCAUGAGAAAUCUUUCAGCUACCACCAAAAAGCAGCUAUUAUAGGUUAUCCUGCUGCUCAGUAUAACUUAGGGGUUCAUUAUUUUUCUGGACGUGGCGUGACUUUGGACAUGAGCAAGGCUGCAGACUGUUUCAGACAUGCUGCUGAAAAUGGGUUCGAACUUGCUCAGAUAAAUUUGGGAAACAUGUAUUACAACGGACUUGGAGUAGAGAAAAACCUUCACAAAGCCAAAGAAUGGUACGAAAAGGCUGCAGAGAAGAACCCAAAUGCAAAGGCACUGCUUGAAGAAUUGGAAAGUGAACUAAACAAGAAUGGAGAAAACAACGACAAAUAAAGCAAUUGUAAAUAAAUCUUGUAGGUGGUGUUUUAAAAGUAAGYGUAAUGACUCCGCACUUCAAAAUUUCUUGAAACUUUGUAUUAGCAUAAGCUUUCUAGUACACAUUCUUAAUCCUCGUAGGUUGACAAAGAAAUCAUUUUCAAGGGAAUGACAGACACGUAGUCUGAAAUGGGAAAAGGUUGCUAUUUGAAAAGACUAAGCUUAGACCAUAUUCAUCUAGAGAAUUAAGAGAAUUAGGUUAUCUCCUAGUCAUUGUUAUUAUGGAAAGACGAAAGAUACCAGCAAUAUAAAACAGUAAAAUG